AUGAUGGAUUACAAGGAUCGACAGAAUUCCAUCUACGAGGACGGAAUGUUCUUUAGUCGCCUCCCAAUGGUAACUACCGAUCCCACAAAAUUGGAGGAACAGGCCAAACAAUACAUGACUUGUCGAAGUUUUGACUUUGUUUCAGGUGGUGCUGGUGAGAGGUCAACAAUGGCAGCAAAUCGGCUAGCUUUUCGACAGUGGAAGAUCAUCCCGCGAAUGUUAUGCCAAACGACUCAUCGAGACUUGAGUGUCAAGUUGUUUGAUCAGUUGUAUAAGAAUCCUAUUAUCAUGGCUCCGAUUGGAGUACAGGCAAUCUAUCACAAUGAUAGGGAGCUCGGCAGCGCGGAAAUCGCAGCUUCACUAGGCAUUCCGUACAUCCACAGCACCGCCGCGACCAGCAGUAUUGAAGAAGUCGCCUCUGCGAAUGGAUCAGGGCAUCGAUGGUUCCAGCUGUACUGGCCAAAGGAUAAUGAACUGACCAAGUCUCUGCUGUCUAGAGCAAAACAAAAUGGCUACCAAGUGCUAGUGGUGACUCUGGAUACCUGGACCUUGGCAUGGCGUCCAUCUGACCUCGAUAAUGGAUACGUCCCUUUCAUGACAGGUGUAGGAACACAAAACGGGUUUUCGGAUCCCGCAUUCCAGGAGAAAUACCGAAAGACUGCUGGCAAAGAAAUUGGAGAAGAUGUGGUGGCUGCAGCCAGCGCGUGGAAUGCCGACCUCUUUUCUGGUCAAGGCAGCAGACACACUUGGGAGGACAUUGCAUUUUUGCGCAGCCACUGGGACGGGCCCAUUGUUCUAAAGGGUAUACAACACGUGGAUGAUGCGUUGAUGGCCCUUCGUUGUGGUGUCCAGGGCAUCAUGGUCAGCAACCAUGGAGGGCGACAGGUAGACGGUGCCAUUGGAAGCUUGGAAGUCCUCCCCGAAAUCGUCGACGCGGUUGGGGAUAGCCUCGCUGUUCUCUUUGACAGCGGAAUCCGAACGGGAUCCGAUAUUGUCAAGGCGUUGUGUCUUGGUGCCAAAGCAGUGCUUGUUGGACGGCCCUGGGUUUACGGGCUCGGCAUUGCGGGCAAGAAAGGGGCACAAGACGUUUUACUCGGCCUUCUCGCGGCAAGUCGCCACAAACUGCCAGCAAUGUCAGUCCAGUGCUAA